AUGCGGCCUCAGGGCCGCCCCGCGGCUGGAGCCUCCCCAGCACGCAGGUCCCCGGGCAGCACCGGCGGUGCUGGGGGUGCCCAAACCCCGCUGGGGACCCCUCUGCGGCCCUGCUCYGCUGAGCUGAGCGCGCUGCUCUGUGUGUCCCGCCCAGGCUGCCUGUUUGACCGGAGGCUCUGCUCCCCGCAGGAGGUCUGUGUGCAGGAUGGGCUCUUUGGGCAGUGCCAGGUGGGCUCCGUGCAGGACAGACCCCACUUCCAGGUCACGUCGCCCGUGCUGCAGCGCCUGCAGGAUGUCCUGCGACACCUCUUGGCACAAGGGCUGUCGUGGCAGGACGGCCUCACGCAGUACGUGAUCUCUCGGGAGAUGGAGCGGAUCCCCCGGCUCCGCGCGCCGCCCUCGCUGGAGCCCAUGCCCAGGGACAGGUUGGUGGCUGCGCGCGGGCCGCCCCGCAGAGCCCUGCACCCCGCCGAGGGCGGCCUGCCGCCGGCCCAGCACCUGGGGCAGCCGCCGCCCGCCGCGCUGCUGCAGCGCUACCUGGAGCAGCUGCUGCCGCCGCCGCCGCCRCCGCUCGCCUACGAGGAGGCCCUGCUGCAGCCCUACUCCUACCACAAGUUUGGCUACCAGGACGGCGCUCACCAGCUCCCCGGCAGCUCCGCGCGGCAGAGCCCCGCUGCCGCCGCGCUGCUGGGCCGCGUCCCUGCCCAGGCCCUGUUUGGGGCCGGCCCUGUGCCCUCCUAYGGCGGACAGCCCGGGACGGACGGGGGGCAUCUCUUCCAGGACUUGGGGCUGCUCUCCCUGCCUAGGCAGAAAGCCGGCCGCAUGGAGCCUGCCCCGGCCAGGCUCCAGCACAGCCUGCGCUUCCCCGAUGACUUCAGGGACGUGGAGAGGGGGCAGCCAGCAGCCCUGGCUGCCCCGCCAGCCCCGGCACAGCCAGACGCUGCCCUGAAGAGACUGGCCUCCGUGCUGGCCAGCUACGGCCUGGCGCUGCCGGAGCUGAGCGCCCAGCAGCUGAGCAGCCUCUCUGCCCUCCUGCAGCUGCUGCAGGGCCCGGGUGCCGCUGGCCCCGAGGUGCCCACAGCCAAGCGGGUGACAGAGGGGGACAUGCAGCAUGGAGAGGAGCCGGAGCCCCUCUUUUCCACGGCGCUGCCCCCAGCCAGCAGCUCCUCAGCGGAGGGGCUGAGGGGCAGGGCAGGACACACGGCGGCCCCCCAGGCACAGCCGCCGCGGGGGCUCGGUGGAGCCGCGGGCAGCGCCGGGAAGCUGGUCGCGGUGCAGAAGAAGAGCUACACGGAGGCGAAGGACSCGGGGGAGCGGCGUGGCGGGCGGCCGCCCGACGAGUACGGCUACAUCAUCACGGACCAGAAGCCGCUGGGGCUGGAGGCCGGCGUGCGGCUGCUGGAGGUCCUGGCCAAGCGCGUGCACCUCUCCACCRCCAGCUUCAUCAACAUCAGCGUCGUGGGCCCCGCGCUCACCUUCCGCAUCCGGCAGAACCCCCAGAACCUCUCGCUGGCGGAUGUGGCCAGCCGGGCCGAGCGGGUGAAGGCGGAGCUGGAGGCAGAGCUGGGCCUGAAGAUCGUGCAGACGGGGGUGGGACAGCGAAACGAGGCUGCCACCUACCCGCACCCGCUGCGCUUCGGCGACAGCUUCCACUCGGUGCUGCUCACCUUCAUCGCGCUGGCCUGCGUGGCGGGCAUCGCCAUCGCCGCCGCCGCCGCCUUCUGCCUGCGCCACCACGCCAGGCAGCGGCACAAGGAGCGCCUGGCCGCGCUGGGGCCCGAGGGCGCAGCCGACAGCACCCUCGAGUACCAGGAGCUCUGCCGCCAGCACAUGGCCGCCAAGUCRCUGUUCGGGCGCGCCGAGGGCCCCGCGGCGCCGGCCGAGACGUCGCGCGUGAGCAGCGUCUCGUCGCAGUUCAGCGACGCGCCGCAGCCCAGCCCCAGCUCGCACAGCAGCACGCCGUCCUGGUGCGAGGAGCCCGUGCAGUCCAACAUGGACAUCUCCACGGGGCACAUGAUCCUGGCCUACAUGGAGGACCACCUCCGCAACCGGGACCGGCUGGCCAAGGAGUGGCAGGCCCUGUGCGCCUACCAAGCCGAGCCCAACGUCUGCGCCGUCGCCCACAGCGAAGCCAACCUCAAGAAGAACCGCAACCCCGACUACGUGCCCUACGACCACGUGCGGAUCAAGCUGAAAGGCGAGAGCAACCCCUCCCGCAGCGACUUCAUCAACGCCAGCCCUAUYAUCGAGCACGACCCGCGGAUGCCGGCGUACAUCGCCACGCAGGGGCCGCUGUCCCACACCAUCGCCGACUUCUGGCAGAUGGUGUGGGAGCACGGCUGCACCGUCAUCGUCAUGCUGAGCCCGCUGGCCGAGGACAGCGUCAAGCAGUGUGACCGCUACUGGCCGGACGAGGGCUCCUCGCUGUACCACAUCUACGAGGUGAACCUGGUCUCGGAGCACAUCUGGUGCGAGGACUUCCUGGUGCGCAGCUUCUACCUGAAGAACGUGCAGUCGCAGGAGACGCGCACGCUCACACAGUUCCACUUCCUCAGCUGGCCGGCCGAGGGCAUCCCGGCCACCACGCGGCCGCUCCUCGACUUCCGCAGGAAGGUGAACAAGUGCUACCGCGGUCGCUCCUGCCCCAUCAUCGUGCACUGCAGCGACGGCGCAGGCAGGACCGGCACCUACAUCCUCGUUGACAUGGUCCUCAACCGCAUGGCCAAAGGUGUGAAGGAGAUUGACAUAGCUGCCACGCUGGAGCACAUCCGCGACCAGCGGCCCGGCAUGGUGCAGACCAAGGACCAGUUUGAGUUUGCGCUCACCGCCGUGGCCGAGGAGGUGAACGCCAUCCUGAAGGCGCUGCCCCAGUGAUGGAGCGGACCCCCGUSCCCCCCGUCCUUCCGUCUGCCCGCAGCCCCCUGCCACCCUCUGGCUUCGCGCGCUCUCCUCGCCCUGUGCAUCGCUGUCUGUGCUGCUGGCGCUGUCCCCUGGCCCCCGGGGCAGGCUCCUGGCCCAGCCCCGGGCUGGCCUGACCCGGCCCUGCAGAACG